CAGCCAUCCAAAAACGUCACCUACAUCUUUAUCGCGUGGAACUUAACAGCAACGGUGUUUUUUGUUCUAACAUUCUUCUCCGGAUACAACCACUACAGUGACCCUACAGCCCAAGACGACUGCGUCUUACAAUUAAAAGAAUAUAAUCGUGGUUUAUCGAGCUUAAACUAUUCUGUGACUAAACAGUUCAACAGAAGCGAGCGAGCAUUGUUAAAAUUUAUACAAUGCGAACAAAAUAUGUCGACGUUAAGUUUUCACCAUGAAAAAAUUCGUGCAAAAUUGACGAAAUGCGAGGAAGACAAUUUAAAAUUAAAUUAUGAACUCGAAGAAAACAAAGCUAAGUUAAGCAAUUGCAAUGAUAGUGUAUCUAAGUUACGUAAGUGCGAGGAAAAUCUAAAGAAACUUGAAAGUAAUUUAAAUUCGUCGAAAACAAAAACACAAAAUGAAAAAUUUAUUCCAAAGAUUCCACAUGCAAGACUUAAAGCAACCGACGAACCGAAAAUGUUUCGAGAUAUUCUAAGUUCUGGGACUACAAGAACUGAAUUACCAGGCGCAUUGCCUACGACUGUUCAUUUCGUGUGGUGUGAGAAUAAAGUUUUAAAAUUUGAAGUAUUCUUGGGACUUCUGAGCAUAGUUCGUAUAUUAAGUCCGUUAAGAUUAGUCUUUUAUUAUAAUUAUCUUCCAAACGAAGGUGGGUAUUUUUAUUAUUCCUGGUUUUACGAGCUGAGACAAUCGCUGCCUAACUUAGACUUAAGAAAAAUAGACAGAGUUAUAAAAUGCAACACAAUGGAUGCUGUGGAUUUCGCUUUAGAACAAAUCGCAUCAAUAGGAGGGGGGAGGUUUUUAUUUUGGUGAAAGAGCUGUUUUGACGUACAUCCCAGAGGAUUGGAAAACUAAAAACUAUUUUGUUUACACAAAACCCAAUGCUUCGAGUAGCGAAGAUACGAUCGUGAUGAUAAAACAAGACCAAGCUUUAAAACAGGAAGAUAUGCAACAGUUUAAAAUAAAUGUUCUCAGGGAUCCGAACCAAUGCCACACACCCCAAGAGUUCGAUAAUUGGGCUACUGUUUCCAGUGUGUUGGUCAAUACGACGUAUAUAUCACCGUGUAUUGUUCUGUCCAGCCCAAUGUAUCCGGAAAAUAUCCUCACCAACACAUCCAGAUUUAACGCCGUACUCAGGUGGCUCUACUAUGGGAGAACUGACGGUCUGUAUGCUAAACAAUCAGAGGAUCCAUCUGAUUUGGUGCCGCUUAUUAACCACAUGAUCUUCCUUAACCCUAAACCUGGAAGUCCAGUCAUAUGGUCAUUUGAAGGCUAUAUCUCUGUUUUGUCGGCCUUGUACGUUGGAGGCUUUGAAAGAGUGUUUGUACACGGCGAUACUAAACCAUCAGGGUACUGGUGGGAUAAGCUGUUGCACGAAAACGUCACAUUCGUCUAUGUCGACCAGCCCCGCUCUGUGUUCCAGCAGGAAGUCAAUGUCAUGGCCCACCGAGCCGAUAUCCUCCGAGUUCUUCUACUCUACAAAUAUGGCGGCACUUACAACGACAAUGACGUCAUUUGGGUCAAGCCUCUCUCCGAGAGCCAGAGGAGGUACCCGACGAUCAUGUGCUACGACUGGGGCCGCGUCGACCCCUGGCCAAGAACAAUCAGCAAUGGCUUGCUGGUGUCCAAGGCCGGAGCCCCCUUCUUGUUGAAAGUCUUGGAGUCUUUCUGGUACUACAGGGACGACAUGUGGGCCUUCAACUCGGUGCUGAUGUUCUACAAGCUCUAUGAGAGGCACCCGGAUCUGGUGCACAUUGACCCCAAGCUGCAGGUGAUCUGUUACCACAACAUCUGCCACCCUAUCUGGCACAACAACUACCUCAGGGGCUAUGAAGAACGGACUCCCACAACCAGAUUUAACAUUGAAGAGACAAACGCUUUCCAUUUUAUCCACCUUUACGCCCCGCCCAUUUUCACGUCGUUUUCCGCCAUCCGGAACCAAACCAGCGUCGUGGCUUUGUUAGCCAGGAGAGUCAUGGACGCCGUACAGAAUGCUGGGAAAUCGUAUCUGUUAGAGGAGGAAAACUAGAACAUUCCAAAUUUUACAACUUUUGAAUAAAA